UGUGGCUCUGCCUGCGGCAUCACAACCAUGGCGGAAGAAGGAGCAAGAAUUUCACCUAUGUGACGAUGACAGCGUCGUAAAGCGGCCACUACCCGGGGAUGCACAAACCGGGUAAGAUAGGACAUGUCGCCAGGUGACGAGCGGGGACCUUGAGGCUUUAACUUUAAAGCCGCCUUCGAGUUACUUUGUUUCUUUUUAUUACGACCCCGUUUCCUUUCAGGAAGCUCAUCCGUGUUGGGCCACAUUCAGCUUCAAGUUGGACUUUUUCUUUUUUAUAUUUAUAACACAAGGAUAAGCACAUUUUUUUUGUAUCAUGAUGGAACUUUUUGACAAUCUCGCUCACGGACUGGCGAACUUGUCCAUGUUUCCCUACUUUGACAUGGCGCAUUACAUGGUGUCCAUCAUGGCUCUGAGGGAGCAGCCAGGUAAGCUCAGGGGCUCUUGAGGUGUCUCGGCUCAGCCCGCUAGCCUGCUGGUUCAGCUCCAUGCUGUGCUGCUUUGGCGGCGACGUGCUCUCCGGGAUUAUGCUGGCAGAACCACCCGUAGCGCCCUUAUCCAACGGCACCAGCGUCCUGCUGGCUUCACUCAUCUGGUACUUGGUGUUCUACUGCCCCUCGGACCUGGUGUACAACUGUGCGGCCCAGCUGCCUCUCCGCUUGGUGCUGUCGGGAAUGAAGGAAGUGACGCGCACGUGGAAAGUCCUGGGCGGCGUCACUCUGGCCCACAGCAAGUAUAAGGAUGGUCUACUGGUCAUGAUCGCCAUCGGGUGGGCCAGAGGAGCUGGAGGCGGUCUUAUCAGUAACUUUGAGCAGCUCGUUCGAGGAGUGUGGAAACCUGAAACCAAUGAGCUUCUCAGAAUGUCCUACCCCACCAAGGUGACCCUGGUUGGAGCGGUGCUGUUUGCCCUGCAGCAGAGUCACUACCUGCCGCUGCACACACACCACCUGAUGCUCAUCUACUCCACCUACACUGUCGCCAACAAGGCGAGGAUGAUGCUGACCGGCUCUGCGACAUCUCCUUUCGCCCCUGUGGAAUCGGCGCUCUUCAAGACUCUUUUCACCGGCUUCGCCCCGUACGCCGCGUAAGGGCGGGGACACGUCGACUAGUACCGGCGUCGGAAGUGCGCUCAGCAGAGAGUUAAAACCAAAGACGAUUUCCAGGUAGGCGAGAGCUGUAAGAAGAGCGAUUGUAGGAGCAGCGUCAUGGAAACUUCUUUUUCCCAUCGUUGAGUUUUCAGCAUAAAAGUUGUUGAAAGUGAAUUUCACAGUAAGACGCCAAUCAAGCCUGCACUUUAAUUUGGGGCUCAUUCUUAAGCUACUGUGAUGUUAUGAUAUCAGGUAUAAAAAUCAAUAUGUGUCUUAUUUUGAAAUAUAAAUAUAUUUAUAGUCCAAAAAUGAUCUCUUGGGAACAAUGCUGAUUUCUGAAUGUUUUUUUUAAUGCAAAUACUCUGUGAAAAUAAUAUUUUUCCUACUCUGCAAAGACGUUGACGGUUUUAAAUUAUUGGACAUAAAGUCAUUUUUUUGAUUAUAUUGUAUUUAUAUAAAGAUAAUUGCACUUUCAGUGACGGUGAAAAGCUUUCAAAAUGUGUUUGCUUGAUGAAUGCCUUGAAUAAUAAGUGAAGCAUGAAAUUAGAGUGUGUGCUGUCAAUAUUCCUGCGUUGAAACAACACUUCAAUGUAAAAAAAGGAUUCUUUGGUUCUUUGGCUUUAUUUGUGCUACAUUUUUCUUGCAUCAGGUUCUGCAUAUGACAAUAAUAAUAAAAAAGACUUGCCAAUCAUUA